UCAAUAAUCACUAUUCCUCCUGCAGGCACCCUGUGGAACUUAUCCUCCUAUGAGCCCCUGAAGAUGGUCAUCAUCAACCAUGGUCUGCAGACGCUUACCAAUGAGGUGAUUAUACCUCAUUCAGGCUGGGAGAGUGAGCCAAAUGAGGACUCUAAACCUCGUGACGCUGAGUGGACAACAGUCUUCAAGAACACUUCUGGUUGCUUACGGAAUGUGAGUUCAGAUGGAGCAGAAGCACGCAGAAGACUAAGAGAGUGUGAUGGCUUGGUGGAUGCCCUUCUUCAUGCUUUACAGUCUGCAGUUGGCAAGAAGGAUACAGACAAUAAGUCUGUGGAGAACUGCGUGUGCAUCAUGCGGAACCUUUCCUAUCACGUCCACAAAGAGGUCCCCGGGGCUGAUAAGUAUCAAGAACUAGAUGCCAGUCUGACUACAAGCACGGGAGGCUCUCAGAAGAAGAAGAAAGAUGAUGCUGGUUGUUUUGGUGGAAAAAAGGCUAAAGGAAAGAAGAAUGGAGAUCUGGACAGGAAUUUUGAUACACUUGAUUUGCCUAAGCGGUCUGAAGCAGCAAAAGGCUUUGAAUUACUGUACCAACCUGAUGUGGUCCGACUGUACCUCUCCAUCCUCACUGAAAGUCAGAACUUCAACACUCUGGAAGCUGCAGCAGGGGCUUUGCAGAAUCUCAGUGCUGGCAACUGGAUGUGGUCCACGUACAUCCGUGCAACAGUGAGGAAGGAGAGAGGCUUACCAGUGCUUGUGGAGCUGCUCCAGUCCGACUCUGACAAGGUUGUGAGGGCUGUAUCAAUUGCCCUGAGAAAUCUUUCCAUGGAUCGUCGCAAUAAAGAUCUUAUAGGUAGUUAUGCCAUGGGUGAGCUGGUAAGAAAUUUGCCCAGCAGGCAGCAGAGAUCUGCAAAGAACCUGGAAGAGGAUACAGUGGUUGCAGUGUUGAAUACCAUCCAUGAAAUCAUUACUGACAGCACAGAAAACGCGAGGUCUCUGAUCCAGACACAGGGCAUUCAGAAGCUGGUAGCUAUCAGCAAGUCAAGUCAGUCUCCUAGAGAAACAAAAGCAGCAUCUCACGUUCUUCAGAUGAUCUGGAGCUAUAAAGAACUACGAAAUGCCCUGCAGAAGGAUGGGUGGAAUAAAUCACACUUCCAGUCUGUUUCUGCAGCUCCAAAGGGUUCCAAAGGUACUGCUGGCAGGUCUGGCUAUGAUGACAGCACUUUGCCUCUGGUGGAUAAAAGUCAAGAUAACGAGAAGGCUGGGAGUCGGGAUAUGAUACCUAUGGAUGAACUUGGCCCUGACGGGUACUCCACCAUCGACCAGCGGGACAAGGAGCGCAAGUACAAGAGCAGUGACAGCGCGGGGGACGCCUCCGAGAAGGAGCCUCUGAAAAAUGACACAAAUAGGAAAAACAUUAACAGGAGUAACAGGGCUUCGGUGAAUCUGGUGGAUGCCCGUGACAUUAAACCCCAGCCUGUUGACUCCUGGGUCUAAUUUGCAUGCAUGGGCUAGAGUCCAACCACAUUUUUUUUAAUUGAGGGGGAGAAACAAACAUUGAAUCGACACAGAGGAUCUCAUCAGUCACCACUGCCAUUCAGAUUUGGAGGGCGCUGCAUCACCGACCAGGCUUGCAGAUUCUAGGAGGGUGUGGGGAGAAGACAGAAGUGACUGCCCUCGCCAGCCCCGGAGCACCAUGCCUUACAGGGAGACAGUUUGCUCUUUAACUCAGCUACAUUCCCACCAGAAAGAGCCACCACCUCCCCCUCCCUCCCACUCCUGCAAGAAGAAAGCAAGCAAGAGAAGAGAAUCCAAGCUUCCAUCCAGCUGACUGCAUUCUUAGGUGACUCUUAGGUGUGGAUGGUGCCAAGUAUGAGAAGUAAAGGUCAUGUGGUUACAAAGAAGACGGCGUCACAAGUGAAAGAGAGACUGCAGAAUGUUUGAAGUAAUAUCGUAGGUGUAGCCAUGAAGAUAAUAGCACUUUUCUGGUUUGGGGCUCAUUGUUUUGUUGGGUGUGGGUUUUUUUGUUUAGGGGGAUUUCUUUUGAACUGUGAAUCUAACAUUUUUAAAGGCUUUUUGAAAACUGUUUAGGUUUUCUUUAUUAUUUCCACGGAAAGUGCAGGAAUGUUGAGUGGGUUUAUUGGAUUUCAAUGAAGGGAGGAAAUGCAGAACAAAAACUAUUAAACGCUAGUCAAACGGACUGGAGGGUGGAUGACAAAAUUGAUGCAAGCUGUAUAAUCUGCUUUUAGAGUAAGCUAUAUCAGUCACAGCUCUAUAUUUUCAUUAUAAUCUGGUGUACAAUACUUAUGCCUUUUGAAUUUUGUAAUGGCUCUGUUUUAAUUUCAACACAUUGAAAAGCAGUUUACUGAAGAUUUCAGUGUUCCAGAUUCAGAAAUUUAUGCUGAGAAAGGGAGUUUGCUGGCUUUUUGUUUUCUUGUUCUCAAAGAUUGCAGUAAGGAGCUUUAACAUUUUACACAUACCAAUGUUGCAUUGAUGGUGAUUAACAAUUUCUUUUGCCAUAGCUGUUAACAUGUUGGUUGAAAAUAGCAGCUUUUUUGUAGGAUAUCUUAUUUUGAUCAUGCUAUAAAUUUUAGAUGGAUCUUUCAAUUAUUUGAUGGUAGAUUUAUCACUGUUGGAUCCAUGUUUGCUUCAGUCUGUAAGUCCUGACAAAAAAUGCCACAAAGGGAACCGGUUUGGCAUUUUUUUAAAUCAUCAUCAUGAUUUCUUGUUCCUUUGGUUUUGUUUUGAGAUCACAUAUUGUAUUUCGUGUGAAGAUCACCCAUGUGCCACAGUUCUCCUCUGAGAUGCUAACGCCUGCUUUGUGUCAAGGGGAGUUUUUACCUCACAAGAACAUACUCUGCAUACAUGGUAUCAACUAACUGGCUUCAGAUCACUGGUUUUCUCCAGGCAUUGGUCAAGGAAGGGCAGUAGAUGAGAAUAGGAACCAAAUGUCUUACUAGUAGCAUCAGAGGUGUUUUGCUGAUUUUAUUUGGUUGCCACUGUUCUUUGAUUGCCACAUUUAAACAAGCUCCAUAAAACAGUGUGACUAGAAUGCAUAUUUCUGAAUCUAGCAAACAUCAUUUGCUGUUUUCUGUGCCUGCCAUUUCCUUUGUAAUUAAGAAGGGGAAAUAUCCAACAACCUCACCUCCCCCAGAAUAUUACUGUAAUAGUAAACAUCUAAAAUU